UCAAGCAUGGCAACUUCAGCAGGACAAAUUGUGAUCUACGGAGGGAAAGGUGCACUCGGCUCGGCAUGCGUUUCGUUUUUCAAAGGCAAGGGAUAUUGGAUUUGUUCCAUUGAUCUUGCACCAAAUGAAAUGGCUGAUGCCAAUAUCUUAGUAAAGACAGACGUUUCCUGGACUGAUCAGGAGACACAAGUGUUGGGGGAGAUGGAGAGACUGAUGGGUGGUAACAAGUUGGACGCAGUAUUCUGUGUGGCAGGUGGCUGGGCUGGUGGUAAUGCUGCUGACAAAGCCUUUGUAAAAAAUGCUGACAUGAUGUGGAAACAAAGUGUGUGGACCUCCUCUAUAUCAGCAAGCAUUGCUUCCAAACAUUUGAAGGAAGGCGGAGUUUUGACCCUGCCCGGGGCCAUGCCUGCACUGAAAGGCACACCAGGGAUGAUUGGAUAUGGUAUGGCUAAAGCUGCUAUUCAUCAGCUGGUUAAAAGUCUAGCUAGUGAUAAGAGUGGAAUGCCUACAAACGCCUUGACUGUAGCCAUUCUGCCUAUGACACUGGACACACCAAUGAACCGUAAAUUCAUGUCUGAAGCAGACUUUACUACUUGGACUCCAUUGGAGUUUGUGGCAGAACUUUUCUACAAAUGGAUGAUUGGAAGUGACAGACCAGCCAAUGGGAGUUUGAUGAAACUUGUGACAAAAGACAGCAUCACAGAUGUCAUGGACAGAAGACAGAUAUCGAAGCUGUUAGCUGCAGCUGUUCUCGGAGGUGUUGGAAUAUGGGCAAUUCUAAAGACUAUCAAAACAUUAAAAAACAAUGUGAAGGUGUACCAGAGGAAAAAGGAGAUUUUUGUUGUUCAAACUGAAGAAGAAUGGGAACAGUUUUACGCCACCUUCAUACAAAACAAGCAAAUCAAGGUGCUUGGCUUUGACUGUGAGUGGGUGUUUCAUGGCCGUCGACAUCCAGUAGCAUUACUUCAGCUAGCAACGCAGGAAGGAGUGUGUGCACUUAUACGAACUUUCAGAAUUUCUACUUUUCCUUCAUCUCUUCAACAGUUAUUAAAAGACAGAAGCAUACUGAAAGUUGGUGUUGCACCUAAAGAUGAUGCCAAGAAAUUAUUCCAGGACUAUGGCCUCUCUGUACAUGGAUGUAUCGAUCUGCGACACAUGCUUUUCCGGGUCCGCGGCAUCUAUCAAUGUUCCAGCAUUGGUCUUCAGGGUGUGGCUGAGGGAGUACUUGGGGUUACCAUUAAUAAAGAUAAAUCUGUACGCUGUGGAAACUGGGAGGCGGACAUUUUGUCUUCUAGACAGAAAGAGUAUGCUGCUGAUGAUGCUAUUGUAGCAGUUGAUAUUUUCACACACUUGGUCCUCGCCAAGUUGCUGAACCGACGGCCCGAUGCAGACAGUAUGCAGUCAGAUGUGUUUGUAAAUGAAAGUCGUUUCUGGAGGACAUCACGAUCACUAUGUCAGGGAGUAGUGGAUGCCAAUUACAAACACACACCCAAUGCAGGAACUCGAAACAAACCCUCACGAAUGUACAAAAAGCUAGUGAAGGUGCUCACAGAUCGUGAAAAACAGGAUGAAAAGAGUGAUGGAGAGAUGGAUGAUGAUGUAAGCAGUGAAGCAGAACUCUCAGAAGAAAUGAACCAACAGUCCACAUCUCUGGUGCAAGCAAAGAAAGAAGGGAAGUCUUAUAUGACACGACAGCGCCCCCUGUAUGAUAAUUGUCUUCUCCUUGCUCCAGACGGGGAUCUCCUUUGUUCUUGUGAUGUCAAAAAGGCUGCAUGGUACCUAGAAAGGGGAUUAGCAGACAAAGUGGAAGACUCACCUUUGACAGUGAAGCUGAGAUUUGAGCCAGCAGGUCGUCCAACAGAUGACUACUACCUCCAGGACAAGGAGAACAUCUGUGUUGUGUGUGGAGCAGACGAGUCUUAUAUACGCAAGUGUGUCAUUCCUCGGGAGUAUAGAAAAUAUUUACCUCACCAACUAAAAGAUCAUUCCUCACAUGAUGUUUUGUUGAUGUGUGUUCCUUGUCACAUGGACAGUACUCAGCACGAUUCUGUGUUACGUAACAAGCUUGCAGAGGAAUGUAACGCACCAAUAGACAACGGCUCAGGGAUCAAAGUUCACAAUGAUGAAGAUCUUCGCAAGGUUUGCUCAGCUGCAAAGGCCUUGCUGAAAAGUCGGGAUAAGAUACCAGCUCAAAGGCAGGAAUUAUUAGAAGAUACAAUCCGAAGUUUUUACAACACAGAGGUUGUCACAGAGGAACUAUUGAAUGAAGCAGUUGAUAUAGAUUACAAGAUUCGUAAUAUAUGGUACAAGCCACAUGGAAAGAGAGUAGUUACAUAUAUGAAGAGACAUGGUGGAUUGUUCAACUUCGAGAAAAGAUGGCGGAAACAUUUCCUUCAAACUAUGAAACCAAAGUUCAUGCCAAAAGGUUGGUCAGUUAGUCAUCGUCAUGAACAUCAUCGUGAUGAUGACGACAAUGAGGACAAUGAUAGUUUAUCUGACUUGGAGGUGGAUUUUACAAAUGAUGUGUGACACAGGACAGUCAUGAAAUAAACAAUUAAUAAAAGGUCUGUCAGUAUGGUGGACUACUUAAUCAGGUAAAGAAAUUUG